UACAGUUCGGAUAUCAACGACGCAUGCCCAGUGCAGAGCGAGUGCAAAGUUAGACGAGACGGGAAAAAAUCGGCUCAAAAACAGGUGUUUUUCCCAAGGAAAUAAGUAUAAUGAGUGGUAACAAGAGGGGACGAAACAGUUUUAGGUUCCCACGGCUAGCGGCAUUCGAGUUUGUUCCAUGCUGGUAGUGAGUUGUGUUUGACAACAAAUAGCGAUCGUUAAAAGUGUUUUUUAAUGUCGGGGUAUUGGAGAUGUUUUAGAAUCAUCUUAUCUUUGCAGGAUAAGUAUGGUUGAUGUGUUUUUAAUUUGUUAGCGAUCGUUUUAAUAAAUUAAAAUGCCUCAUCAGUAUGGCUUGCCGGGUAUUGCCCAUGCUCAGUCACCACCAACACCACCCCCUCAACAUGGGGCCAUGUACCCUCGAUUCGCGAGUGCCGUCGUUCCUGGAGGUUAUAGAGGCGAAGAUCGGAAGCUAACCAGGGAAGCCAUGGAGAAAUAUUUGAGAGAGAGAUCAGACAUGGUCAUUGUAAUUUUACAUGCAAAAGUUGCUCAAAAAUCUUAUGGUAAUGAGAAAAGGUUUUUUUGUCCACCGCCAUGUAUAUAUUUGUUUGGUGAUGGUUGGAGACUGCGUCAAGAACAAAUGCUUCGAGAAGGAGAGUCUGAACAAGCUGCACAAUUGUGUGCUUUUAUUGGUAUUGGAAAUUCUGAUCAAGACAUGCAACAGCUCGAUUUAAAUAAUGGAAAGCAGUAUUGUGCGGCCAAAACAUUAUACAUUUCUGAUUCUGAUAAGAGAAAACACUUCAUGUUGUCAGUGAAAAUGUUCUACGGUUCAGGUCAUGAUAUAGGUGUUUUUCACAGUAAGAGAAUAAAAGUGAUAUCAAAACCUUCAAAGAAGAAGCAGAGUUUAAAAAAUGCGGAUUUGUGUAUUGCUAGUGGUACAAAAGUGGCACUGUUUAACAGGUUACGUUCACAAACUGUCUCUACAAGAUACUUGCAUGUGGAAAAUGGACAUUUUCAUGCUAGCUCAACACAGUGGGGUGCUUUUACUAUUCAUUUAUUGGAUGAUAAUGAAUCAGAGAGUGAAGAAUUCCAAGUAAGGGAUGGUUACAUUCAUUAUGGUUCAACUGUUAAGCUGGUGUGUUCCGUUACUGGAAUGGCACUACCUCGAUUGAUUAUAAGAAAGGUUGAUAAACAGCAAGCUCUCUUGGAAGCUGAUGAUCCAGUUUCUCAACUUCAUAAAUGUGCCUUUUACAUGAAAGAUACCGAGCGCAUGUAUCUUUGUUUAUCUCAGGAAAGAAUAAUACAGUUUCAAGCGACGCCGUGCCCCAAAGAAUCAAACAAAGAAAUGAUCAACGACGGCGCCUGCUGGACCAUUAUUUCAACUGAUAAGGCCGAAUAUCAAUUUUACGAAGGAAUGGGGCCCGUCCGAUCUCCGGUGACUCCUGUACCUAUUGUUCAUAGUCUUCAUUUAAAUGGUGGAGGGGAUGUAGCCAUGUUAGAAUUAACAGGCGACAACUUUUCCCCAUCCUUGCAAGUCUGGUUUGGUGAUGUUGAAGCAGAGACUAUGUAUCGGUGUCAGGAGAGUAUGCUCUGUGUGGUUCCUGAUAUUUCUCAGUUUCGGGGAGAAUGGUUAUGGGUUAGACAACCAACACAGGUACCUGUGUCCUUGGUUAGAAACGAUGGUAUUAUAUAUGCCACUGGACUGACAUUCACAUACACUCCGGAACCGGGCCCUAGGCCCCAUUGUAGCCCGGCAGACGAAAUUAUGAGGCAGAACCAGAGGAGCGCCACCAUAUCGCAAAGUUCGAACCAGAACGCUAUUGCGGAAAACGCGUGGAAUAUGCAUUGACUAAAGGCGAAGUAGGAUUCAAUUUUUUUAUACCUCAGAUUACUAAAGUUACAACCAUCUUUUGGUACUAACAUUCAGUGCAAUUAUGUUUGAUCGGUCUCGUUUUUGCCAAGAUUUUUUUGCCAAAGGCGACGUCUCGGUAUACAGGGUUUUUAUUUCAUUAAAUAAAGCUUCUCAGCAAUCUGAAAAAGACAACAGGGCAUUCCAAUUUAGAAAAAUUAAUUUCUUUAAUAGCCUUUAAUUACCUGGAUUAACAUUUUUUGUAAAAACUUUUUGAGAACUCUAUAAUUGCUUCCUGGUUGAGGUGAAUGAUUGUUUUUAUUUAUUUAUUUAAUUUAGUUUAGAAUUUCUCGUAAUGAUAUUAUUAAACUUGACAUUUUGUUUUAUUUAUCCAAACUUUCCAAAUAUAAUUACUGCUUUUUUAUAAAAAUAUAAAUUCCCUGUAUUCCGUUUUUAAUUAUUUUUAAGCAAAGAAACAAAAAGCAGUUAAGAGAAAGGUAGUACAGUAGAAUUAUUAGUAAAAAGUACAAGGACGUCAUCGCUUUCUGUACAGAAGAUAUUGUUUUUGUCUCUUAGAUCUUGUUAAGUCCUUAUAUUUUCUACCAAAAGCAAUGUGGAGCCAAUCUUUUUCGCCCAGUAAGCGACGAAGUCAAUGUAGUCUUUACUAUUUCUACUUACGGCAUUGAUAGGGCAUGACUCAACCUAGUUCUCUUUAUAAUUAUUUUAGAAAAAUUGUUUUACCAUUGCCAUAAAGUUCUUGCUUUUCUUUUUUUAGAAAUAAGAUCUCAGGUCUAAUGGAAGUGAUUAGAAGCAUGCUUCUAUCGACUUUAUUUAACUCGUGAUAUAUCUGUUUAGAUUUAAACCGUAGAAUUUCUUUUUAGUGUAAGUGAUUUCACCUAUGAGAAACAAACCAAAGUUUUAUUAUAAUUGCUUUUUUAAUUUGCGACCGGCAGUAUUAAUUACGAAUUUGUUUGCUUGUUGUCGAUCCCCAACAAAACUAAACCUGCGUAUUUGAUUUUCGAAACGUGUAUGAUAUUCUUUUAUUACUGAACCAUUUCAUUUUGAGUUGGGGGUUGGUAAGGUUUGUGAGUCAUUGUAUGUUAUUCGUGCAAAUUAAAAAAUGCAAGAGAAAAUAUUUAUUGCAAUAAUGAUUAUACCUUAUAUUUAAGGUAGGAAAGUUUAAAAAUAUGUAAACAUACACUUCUAGAGUAGCAAAUUAUUUUGUGCCGUUAUGCUACUGUGACAUAUACGGUGCAUGGAAUUGUCCUGAAAUUUUUCAAAUUGUAAAAAGUAUAGUAUUUUAUAUUAAAGAUUUGAGUGUGAUUUUUUUUAUUUUCUUUGUGUAGAAGAAUUUGCUGUAUAUAGUGCAUAUUUUUUGAAAUAUAGCUAUUUAUUUAGAA